CGGACACGUGCAAGUGCACCUUAUUCCCUCCCUUCACGACGAUGAACAAUUCACCCACCACCCUUUUCGAUUCUUAUGAGCAGGACUUCCAACAAUUCAUAGAGACCAUUCGCCAGAAGCUGGACGGUGAAGGCAAAGAUGACAGCGGCGAACAACGCAAGGCUUCUCUAAGGAGAGCCGAAAUGGAGCUCGACGAGGCAGACGAGAUGGUCUCGCAAAUGGAGAUUGAAAUCCAGGGCAUUCCUCAGUCAAUACGACCGCAGUAUCAAACCCGCUUGAAGAACGCCAAGCUCGAGCUCGCACGAUACAAGAAGCAGUAUAAGGAGGUGCAUGCUCAGCUCGCUCGUAGCGCUCUGUUAGCCUCGUCGAAGCAUUCUGGAGCCUUCACUUCGGAUGAGCCUUACGGUCCGGCCACCGAUCGCACCCGACUUCUGGCAGGAACUGCUGUUCUCGAGGAUGGCACCAAACGGCUCCAGGACUCGCAUCGUAUCGCCCUUGAAACUGAAAGCCAAGGCGCGGACAUCCUGAUGAACCUGCGUCAACAGAGAGAACAAAUCGUUCACUCUCGUGAUACCUUGGAAGCCGCCAACACCCACAUCGACCGCGCGUCCGGAACACUCAAGGGAAUGAUCAGAAGGAUGUACCAGCAGCGGGUUGUGACUGGGGCGAUCAUUCUUGUACUUGUUCUGCUUAUCGGCAUCAUUCUCUAUGAGAAGCUCAUUGCUUAAUCUAUAUUCUUAUGUAUCUUCCGUUUUCGCUCCGGCCUGGAUUAAUGCAUUGUACAAGUACACGGUAUGAGUACGUCCAUAGAAAGCGAGCCUAAUAACGGCCUUGUUCGGGGUCGGGACCGGAACGCCAUGAUUGCUGCUGAGAAUGCUGAGGGUGUCCUCCGUAGGCAUCCGAAUCUUCAUAGGCUAGGCCACUGGGCGGAGAUGUAAACGCGCCCGGUGCGGCUCGCUGUUGGGGACGGGGACUGGGCACUGCCCGGCCCUGGUAUACAUCCGACGGGUCGAAGUUCUGACUGGGGGUUCCUGUGCGAUCCGUGGGAUAUUGGGAGUGGGAGUACUGGGGAGCUUCCCCGUAGUAUGAUUCGGGCGGCGCAACAGAGCCAGUUCGAUUCACCGGUUCCGCAUAGUAAGGUGCAACAGAGCCAGCACGAUCGAUGGGUUCGGCGUAGUAUGGUGCGACGGAUCCGGCUCGGUCAAUGGGUUCGGCGUAGUACGGGUUAGGAGGGGCAGCUGAUCCCGGACGGACGAUGUUGUGUUGUCCAUGAGCAAAUGGUGCAGCGCCAGAAGUAAGCUGUGUCGUGCUUUCGUCGCCAUACUGAGUUUGAUACUCGUCCUGAGCAAGCGUGGCCUGCGAUGGGUUGUAUUUCGCAUAAGCGUCUGGAGCUUGAUAAUUGGAAUAGGGGUUAUAUGCGGGCAUCGCAGGAGGAUUCGACUUGUGAUCGCUGUAGUAAUACGAGUCCUGGGUGUACGUGCUUGGAGCAGGACCGCGGGUGUAGAUUGAGGCCUUGUCGUCCAAGUCGUCGUCCACGGAGAGGUUUGGCAGGGUAGGCUGCGGAAGAGGCUUCGAAGUAAAGACACCUUUCUUGUUCUUGAGAUGAGAGAAGUCGCCACGGGCUUCGCGCAACGCCUGUUUCUGAUUCUCGUCCAGUCUC